AUGGUAUUAGUAAAGCCUGUCAAGCCCAGAGAGACAUGGGAGAAGAUAUUGAACUCUAUCCCAGAACUCCGAGCAUUUACUUCUUUUGUUUCGUGGUACUUGGGCAAGAUAGACUUUUCCAGUAUUCAUAUUUCUAGACCACAAUCAUUAAAUUACCUAUUUACUUCAACUACCAGAUUAACUAGAAAGUAUUCCUCAACCUGUUUGAAACCGUAUAUCGUUCAUUUAAAAUCUUUGGUUUCAUUAAGGAACUUAUGGAUUCUUGCACAUAUGGCCACAAUUAGCGGGACUUUAACCCAGACAUACUCUUCAUUCUAUGGCAUGAACUACACAACUGGCUAUAACUUGGCCAGUUAUUCAACGAUGCUUACUUAUGCACUAGUGGUAUAUCGUCAUACAUUAUUGUUAUCCCGACAAUGGUCCAGUUCGAACUCCCCUGAACUCCCAUUCUCCACCGUUUUAAGAUCAGAAAACACCCAUCUUUUAGUCAUGGCCAUAUUAGUUGCCACAAGUGAGCCAAAUAUCCUCAAGUUAUGUUCCUUUUCUAUAUAUUCAUUUAUGAAUUUAUCAGACUUAUUAUCAAGGGAUAUCUUUAAGAAUACCCAAGUAAUGGUAGCUGCAGGUCCGCUUUUGAACUGCUUGGAGUAUCCUUUACUAAUAAUUGCCGCAAAAGCAGAUAUAGCGGUGGUUGCAAUUUAUCUUCGUGAAUCAAUCGCCACAGGGCAUAUGUACAAAUUUCUUUUGUAUAUAUUCGUUUUCGGCUUAAGAAUGGAGUCAUCAGAAUCAUGCAGAAUUGCAUUUCAUAAUGCGUUGAUGUUGAUUCAUGCUGGUCUUGUGAAAGCAAAUGCACCAUUAAGUGUUUUGGACAAUUGGAUACGAUUUGAAGAAUUUUGUAAUAUUUUCGUCCCUUCUUUAGUUCAAUUGUCUGCCUUAGCAAAGGAAGGGAACCAAAAAAUUGAGAAUGAAUUGGAUGAAAGCGAUGAAAACGAAGAGGUAGAUGUAAUUGAGGUAGAAACAGGUAUUGACAUAUACAAAGAUGAAUUGGAAUCUAUUGAAUCAUCGGAAUCCGAAGAGUUUGAAUAUAUAUUUGAUAUAAUUAGUGAAUAA